AUGCAUCCGACUCCGUUGUAUCACAUCACGGAUGAGCAGAAGGACAGUGUCUAUGAACCUGCCGAAGAUACCUUUUUGUUAUUGGAUGCCCUGGAAAAAGAUGCAGAGGCUUUAGAGCAGUUAAAACCAAAUGUGGUUGUUGAAAUUGGAAGUGGUUCUGGUAUUGUUUCAGUAUUUUGUCAGCAGUUGAUUCGUUCACCAGUGUUUGCCUUAGUAACAGACAUUAAUUUUAAGGCUUUGCAGUGCACUAAAACUACGGCACAGCUGAACAAUUCAUCAGUGGAAGCAGUUCAAUGUGAUUUGUUAUCAGCACUGAGUUACCGGUUAUAUGGUCUCAUUGACGUGCUAUUCUUUAAUCCACCAUAUGUACCAACAGAGCAAGAGGCUACUUCGGAUUCUGUUCGUUGUUGGGCUGGUGGUCCGACUGGCCGUGGUACUGUUGAUCGAAUUUUUGCUCAGCUUCCAGAAAUUUUAGCGCCUGGCGGUUUUUUCUAUGUUGUUGCACUUCAUUCGAAUGAUAUUGUCAACAUGUUAGCUAGUAACAAAUCGACUUUUUCUAGCAAAAUUCUGCUUGAAAGGAGAUGUGGCAUUGAGCAUCUUUUUGUGCUUAAAUUUACAAAAUCAAAAUAUUGA